AUGGAGCUGAAAAGUAAUACUUCUGACAACAUUUCACGCAUAAAAUACCUCUCAAAACUGUUCAAAAGCUUACCUGAUGAUCUCCCUCUGAACCCCGCUAGCUCUCGGUACAGAUUUGGCUUGGACGGCGAGGAACUUGAAGAAAAUGGCCACUGGUAUGCUCUCAAUCACAACCUGGAAAUUUGCUUCCAGGCCCACAGUCUCCGAGGUGAACCACUGAAGAUCACUGAGCGUGGGAAGAGCCUGGAUACACUGUUGAAGAUGCUGCAAGACGGGAUGCGAGAGGCUCCAGGGGAUGCCGAGUUGAUAAUGAAUUGGGUCGAGAGGUUGAUUGCCGCAGCUAUGGUGUCCGGGGCUAAGAAUGUAAAGCAGACAUCAAAGAGAAAGAUGGCCUUUUCAUCAUCGGAUGAAGGGUCAGCAGCACAGCCUGCCAUCAAAACCGCGCUAAAGAAGAGAGGGCCAACGCGGAAGGCACGAGAUAGGUUGCCUGUCAAAGGGACAGCUGUAACACCCAUCACCAUCGUCGACGACACAGACACAUCAUCCGACACCGAGACAACGGCCCCUCGCGUCCAUUCCGAGCCUCUGCGCGCGAGAGAAACUGCCAAGCCCAAGAUGCCGAGGCUGGUUGCACUGGAUGACAGCGAUGAUGAACAUGAUGGAGAUGAUGUUGAUGAUGGUGAAUUGCCCAAGCCAGUGCGGAAGAGACAGUCCACCCUUUUCGCAUUUUCUGGGUUCAAGAAGCUGAGCAAGGCUGAGGCUGAUGAACAGAAUAGGAGAGAGAUGGCAGAGACGAGACAGGAGGCAGAGGAUGAGCGAGUUAGAGAAGCCAUGGUCCGGAAUCUGAGAGAGACCCAGAAGCGCGAGGGUGCACGAGAGAGGAAGAGGAAAAGCCGAUUCAGCAAGAAAGCGAAAGAGAUACGGAGUGGUAAGAGGAACUCAGCGGGGAAAAUCAUGAAAAAGUUACAGAUGGUUCUCGGCCAUGAAACCCCGGCUGCUGGUGUCCCCGAUCUCUCUGAUCUUGCUGAACUGUCAAGGCCUGGCAAGAUAUGGAAGAAGGGUCGUAAUGUGAAGUUGAAGGGCACAAUUCAGAAUCGGCACUCGCGCACAAACUGGUAUCAUCCAUACCUUUGGGUUCACAUCAACAAUGUCGCCUCUCGAGUCGCCUGGUCACCUACAUUCAUUGUUAGCACGCUGCAGAAAGACCACCCGAGCCUUUUUGCAAAGCUCCAUCGGGGAACCGUUUUUAAGUGGAUUUCCAAGAAGGGAAAGAAGUGGUCGAAGAAGACAGUCGAGAAUGUUGCACGUCGCAGUGUCCUUGCCCGUACUGGCCGCGUUGGGAUUCUCUCGCCGCAUCGGGAGAUUGUCGAGGAGGUGACAUCCCAGCUUAAGGACCUUCGACUUUCCGGUGUUCCGGUUAAUAUUCUUGUUGCGCGAUCAAUACUUAUAGCGGUGAUCAAGGAGAGACAACCUGAACUUCUCGAUCGUGGGGAUUUCUUCUGCUCUGAGUCAUAUGUCAGGGACUUUCUCGAAAGUACACUUGACUGGUCAGUCAGAAAGGGCACUCGAGCUGCUGCUCAUAUCCCCGAUAAUGCCGAUGAUCUAUGCGAGGCGGCAUUUUUCCGUAUUGUACAUCUCGCUAAUUGGUAUGACAUUCCAUUAAGUCUUCUUAUCAAUAUGGAUCAAACAGGUGUUUACCUGGUUCCGGGUAACAAUGUCACUUUUAAUGACAGGGGUGCGAAGCAAGUCAACAUCGCUUCGAAAGAUGAGAAGCGGGCCUACACACUUGUGGUGGCUAGCUCAUGUGCUGGCGAUCUAUUACCUUUCCAGCAAGUGUGGAGUGGGGCAUCAGUAAAGAGCUGCCCUACUGGCAAUGCGAAGGGUAUGGAAGAAGCACUCGACAGAGGCUUUCAUUUUACAUUUGCCAAUAGCCCUAAGAAGACGAGCCACUUCAGCACCUUCAAGACCAUGGUCGAGUGGAUGGAGUGCGUGUACAUUCCAUAUGUAAACAAGAUCAUCCGCGAUGAAGAACUUCCCGAGGAUCAAAAGUCAAUCUUAUUCAUUGACUGCUAUCCUGUGCACACGGGGGAAGAAUUUCGGAACUACUGCCGCCACCACCAUCCGAAUGUCUUUGUUAUCUAUGUACCUGCCAACUGCACUGGCAUCUAUCAACCUGCUGAUGUCGGACUGCAGCGCGUGACAAAGCAUGCUCUGAAACAAGAGUCUCUCAACUUUUUAGUUGAAUCACACCGUCAACAGCUAGCCGGUGGUCUAAAACCUGAAGCUGUCCGAUUCACUCACUCCCUACCCGUUCUUCGGGAUGCCACAGUUGCUCCUGCUGUCCAUGUUUAUGACAUGUUCAAGCAGGGUAAGGGCCCAGAGCUUGUUCGCAAGGCUUGGUCAAAAUGCCAAGUAAAACAGUGGUGCCUCUCUCCUGAGGUCAUACAGCACCGAGACACAAAGGCGGCCUUGCGGAAGUACCUUCAAGACCACCCCACAUUCAAAGCCGAGAUUGAUGCAAAGAUUGGCGAUGUUUAUGGCAUUGACUCCGAACAUGUCAACACCGAAGAUGACUUCAACAACGAAGGUGCCGACAUGGAUGAUUCCGAAGUCCCGAUUGGUUCAGUUAUUCAGGAGGCACUCGGAAACGGGUUGGGUUGCAUGCCCUUCUCAGCAGCGGGCCAUGGUAUUGCAUCUUCCGAGCACACUGCGGUCCAUGAUGGUGGUUUCUUGCGGGGGUUGGCUGAGGGGGAUGAUAUUUGGGCUUGGAAUGUGGAUGGUACUCGCAUAAGCACUCUACCUUAG